GGCGGGUGGUGGCCAAGGGACGUCGCAGUGGCCGAGGGACAUUGCGGGGAGCCCCAGGCCCACGUCCCACCAUGAGACGGGCAGUGGGGCUCAGCCCAGAGGCGGGGAAGCGAAGCAGCCACCGGAUGGACCCAGGGGACUCCCAUCACCCCAAAGGCGCUGGGAGCCGAUGGCCAAGCCCACGCACCCCACCGGGGAGCCGGGGCUGCUGGCACUGCUCUGCCUGGCCGGCAGCCAGCUGUUUCUCCAGAUGUGGAGGCAUGAGGUGGCCUGGAAGCACUGGGAGGUCCCCAGGGGUCCCAUUGUCACCGGGAGUGAGGACAGCCUCAGUGGUGUGUCCCCCGUGCCCUCUGGUAUGGUGGCCAUGCAGCCUCACACCCCUCCCUUGUGUCCUGAAGCCUCUGCCAGCCCGAGCCAGGCAUGUCACCUUCGAGGAUGAAGUGGUGCCACCAGGGAGACCCCUGGCGAGGGUCCGCCCUGCUGAGAAGCGGGAGAAGCUGGGGCUCAUGUCUGUUCCCCCAGGGCUGGCACCCCGGCCACGUGCUGUCCCAGACUACGUGGUAAAGUACCCGGCGAUCCGGAGCCCCCGGCAGCGGGAGGGCUACAAGGGCGUCUUCCAGGACCAGCGGGCAGAGUACACGGAGCUGCUCGGGGAGGUCCGCACCGCGCGCUGGCAGCUCGGGGGGCCAGAGGCGGCGAUGGCCCAGCCGCGCACCACGAGCACGACGGGCCGGGCUGACCCCCCUCCCCAGGGCUCCAGGACGUGUCUUUCCACCCCGCAGGACAGCAGUGGGGUGGCCCACACCUGCGUGAGGAAGAGGAGGGAUUCAGCCUUCCUGGAAAAGCAGCAGCGCUGCGAAUACCUGAAGCAGAAGCUGACGCACAUCAAGGCGCGGAUCCAGGAGUACGAUCGUGACGCCCGCCACGACGCCGUCUUCUUCUGAGCCUGCGCACCAGCUGGCACCGACGCCAUGGGACGGUGACCCCGGGGGGGGGGCACCCCGGGGGGGACCCCAGGGGUGGGGAGGGGGUGGCAGUGCUGCAAGGUGCACCCAGCGCCCACCCAGCCAUUGCACCCACUCGGGCGUGGAGAGCAAAGCCCUAGGCUCCUCGCGCUGCUGGUUUUGGGGUCCUCUGGGUGCCCCAGGGACCCUUGUGACCCCGGGCUCCCCAGGGAGGUUGGGGGGCUCUGGGGGGGCAUGCUCCCUGUUCCCACGGGGGGGCCAGGCCCUGGCUGUGCCCCUCACCUCCUGUGAACUAGGGACCCCCCCACCCCGGGGCAGCAGGUGCAGCUGCAGUAGUGGCCAGAAUCGGUGUAAGUAAAACAUUGUAAUAAUUUC